AAGAGUCCACUUCGAGAAACCUUCUUUCCUUAUAGAAGCUGGGAAGUAAGAGAUCCCAGCAUCAUUCUCGCUUAGAGCAAGCUGCGAAACUAGUUAACGGGUUUCGCCUGCUCUCUCACCAUUCGAGGGUUUGAGCUCCUCGCAGAAUCUUCACCGAUCUACAGGUGGUUCAGGUUUCGGAUUGUCGGCACAUUUUGUCGGUAAAUUUUGUCGACAUAACGUCAUACAAGCUUUGCUUUCGUGAGCUGGUGGCGCUUUUGGGGAUCCUUGCUUCGCAGCCCUCGCUGUUUGUGCAGCGUGUGUAAUACGAAGAUGGCUAUGUUAAAAGCCUUUCGCCUCGCACCUGCGAAAACCAGCAUCGAUGGCCUGAUUCAGCAUUACCACAGCGAUUCUCACCAAAGUGAAGUCGUCGUGGUGAGUACUGGGAGAAGAUGGCAGAAAAUCAAGACCGUCAAAACGAGCUUGGCUAUCGUUAACAGGUGGCGUAAAACUUUGGAGGCUGGUCAUAGUAACAAGACGGUUACCGUGGUACUAGCUGCCACCGUUAACACAAGCAAGGCCAAUCCUACGUUAAACGUAAUUGAAAUCGCCGGAGACACUGCUAUCAAGUCGGGCCGACCCAACCAAAAGAACCGAAGCUUCCAGAGGCAGCUGCAACCCAAUGAGGUACAACCACAAGCUAUUACAAUUAAAUCGGCUCACCAAAACGGACAGUCGAAGAACUUGAUACCAUGUCUUCAGGACGGAGCCAUUGUGCUUGUAGUCUACGCGAUCUUAGCCGGGGAAAAGGUCCCCCCGAAGCACGCUACUAUCGUGAUUUGCGUUGCAGCAAUUCUGUGUGCCCUCGGGAAACAUAGAAAAGUAUGCAAACCUUCAGGUGCGAUCCGUUGGCAAGUCAGGAAUCACACGCCCUUGAAUACGGAGAGUUUAUUGCUUGGCGUCAUUGGUCCAGCACUUUUUGGUUCAGUUCAGGCAGAGGGUUCGGCAGAGAACAGCUCGAGCAAUUCAGAACAUGCAAACUUUGGUAGAGACUAUGAUACUCUUAAGAUAGCAGCGACAUUAGCGGCUAUAGGAUUAUGUUUGUGGUUUAAACUAAAUGGCCAGAAUGCAGCACAACAGGUUGCAGCACAACAAGCUCCACCAGCUCCACAAGUUGCACAACAACAGGCUCCACCACCACAGAUUCCACCGCAACAACAGGUUGCAGCACAACAAGCUCCACCAGCUCCACAAGUUGCACAACAACAGGCUCCACCACCACAAAUUCCACCGCAACAACAGGUUGCACCACCACAACAGGUUCCACCACUAGAACCAGUUGAUAUUGAUGAGAUCCUGGGUAGGGAUCUGGAACCAUUCAAAAAGAAUGAUGAUAGGCUGGAAAUUCAUCCAUGUAUCAACCAUGAAGGGGAGCAUCAAGGGUAGAGUAUUGCUAAUGUCACCAUUUUGCUAUCACCCUUGGAACCUGCCAUUCAUCACUUAUCAAUAUUAAAUAAGAAAAUUAUUUUUUUGAUAGAUAGAUAGGGAAAUGAUAUUUCCACCUCAUGUUUUUUUAGUAGUGCCACCUCAAAAUAUAUUAUUCCUAGAGCUUUACUAGGGGUACUUCAUGCAAUUUAUUUGACUAAUUUUUUUACUAUUCCCACUUCAUUUAAGAAGUAAAAUUUGAUACAUAAGUUUAUUCAAAC